AUGGAGGAAUUUAGCGAAACGUUGGAGGGGUUAGAGGGGAAAAUAGUGGAAUAUGAAAAGCAGUUAGCCUUGGUGAGAGAAGAAAUAAAAAAGUAUGAACAGACCACAGGAGAAGAAGAUGAACAAAUUAAAAACCUGAGGAAGUUAGAAUGUGAUAUGCUGGAGGUCAUAAACUUAACUCUGGAUUUGAUAAAUUAUAAAAAACAAAACGAAGCGGAAGGAGAAUCGCUGGGGCCAGGCCUGGAGAAAGAACCCGAGGAUGAUGCAAAUGAAGAUGCCACCAGGGAAGCAAGCGCAUUGAUUGGGAGAACAUGCAGCUUCAUCUACGAAAGCAAAAAAGUCUAUGGACUGAUCCAAAAUGUCGUUAAAGAAAAUGAUAUAGAACAACUGCUAAUAAAUAUAUUUGAAAAUAAUGAGCAGAUAAUGAUACCCCCCAAAUAUGUCCUCCUUAAUGAGGUACUGACGGAGUCUGCGCUCGCGGAGAACAGCCAGUUCCAAGCCCUCUACAAGAAGGACGGCCUCUGGUACGACUGCAUCGUCUCAAAGAGCAUGGGCGAUUCGUUCCUUGUCAACUACAUCGGAUACAACACAAGCGAGUACGUAAAGAACGACCAGGUCAGAAUUAAGAAAAAAAAAAAAGUGAAGGAAAUAGUCACCCCCGCAGGAUAUAAAAUUCCUGAAAACUUAAUUGUAAAGGAAAACGACUCCUUAAAAGUUCAAAUGAGAAAAAAGAAAAAAAGAAUAGCUCUCAAAAAAAAACAAAAAAGUGAAUUGAUAAAUAAAGAAUAUACAAAUAAAACGCAGCAGUGGAGGUCCUUUCACGAAAAAGCUAUCAGCAAAAGCAAACACCUUCUCGUGGCUCAUAAGAAGGUGGAGAAUAUUGAAUACAAAAAUGCCCCCUCCAGUUUUACAAUAAGGAGGAAGUUUGACUGCCAUGAUAAUGAGGAAUGA